GCACAUCCCAGGAGAACCUCUAACGGGUAGUCCACCAGCAUCCGGGAAUAACUGUCAAGUGGAAGCAGAACCCAAGAAGAAGCUGUCAGAGUAAGUCGUUCCUACAAUUCUAUCAUUGCAUUUGAUUUUGCAAGUGGGACAUGCUGGCGGGGAAAAUCUGUCGACAUUUCUUACCUUCUCACAAAGCAGUAAAGUUGUCCAUCCCUGUUAAUGACAGCAAGACAAGGCAAUUUUAUUUAUAAACACACAACAAGGCAACCAGUUAUCACAAGAGACUAAAUUAGUCAACACACCCAAGCGUCACCACGUGCCGCUGUGUCGGUCUCUGUCCGCCGCCUUCACCGUGCAACCAGUGGCAUCUGACCGCCGCGUGCUGCCGAGACGUCACGUGGGGUGAACUACAGCCCAUUCGGACCACCGAACCGGUUUCAGUCCGAGCGCCGCUGCUACUGUUUGACUCUGUGUUUGCUUUGAGAGCAUCGUAGGGGUCACAGUGGGGGCAUUUACGGAGCUGAGCUUGACCCUGAGGAACCUGAAGGGAUUUUGUUUUCAAGCAGUGCAAAAAAAGAUUAGAAUAUUUGACAUACUUGGUAAUAAAGCUGGCUGGAUGACGAGGGUCCAUCCAGGCUGCCGCAGCUGUCGCAUAGCUCCCGAUCAUCUCGGAUGUCAUCCAGAUUGCUCUGUUGCCCAUACACAGUGUCAGGGGGGCACAGCGACAGGACCGGAAUCCCGCUGUGGAGGACGAGUCACGAGAGAAUAACAAAAAAAAAACGUGACAUUUCCAGUUUUAUUCCUGUCUAGCCUUUUAAAUACCCCCCCCCCCCCCCCACAGCAAUUGAGUCAAACUAAUGAGGCUAAGAAUGGUGCCGCACUGUGACAACUUGGCAGCAAGCAAUUAAAGAAAGCAGGAAAUGGAGAUUGCGAGCAGAUGUGACUCGUGCAGUGUCACGUCACGAAAUACUGACAGUACACGCCACAUCCUCGUGUAUCCAUGGAGCUUCGGCUUUAAUGGAUGGCAACUGCCGCUUGCCUGGGUUAUCUGGCCACCAUCCAGUUUUGUAAACUAAUUACUGAACAUAAGCACCACCAGGCAGCAGGGCUCUUUGUUUUCUUAUUUUUCAUACAAAACAGACACACUGUGAUGUAAAAAUGGACAAGCUUUAAAAAAAAAACCCCAUACAGUCUAAAUGAAUUGUUCUUGGUCUAAAUCAAGGUUAUUAAAAUAAAAAUAAAAAAGAUGUAUAACAAAUAGGUUGUGUUGCAGUUGUGCGUCAGAAGAAGGCAUAGUGUGCUGUCGCUUGUUUUUCCACCGUGGCCGAGAUGCGACCGCACUUCCUGCCGUGUCACUAUGGCGACGCACUAAAUCUACACAAGCAAGUGACCUCACACUUGUUAAUGUGCUUCUCCUAAUAAGGCACAAUGAUGGAGGAAAUGCUCAGUAUGACAAAGAAUCGAAUUAGAUCCGUGUCUGCUCGUAUUGAUGCAAUGAGCGCAGCAGUGGAGGAAAGCGAGCAAUCUGAGUCAUCAAUAUUUCAGACGAUGAGUGCAAAAAUAAUCCAGGGAGGUGCGAGCCAGUUUCACACCGUGCUAGGAAUGUAAAUUCUUACCGCACUCUGACACAAGGCGAAACUAAUUGCGCAUGCUCGAAUGCACAAUAGAAAAAGUUCUGAUUUAUUAGGUACACCAUUCCCAGAUGUUGGGGAUUUUUGUGUGUUUUUAAUUAGAGGGGAAUAGUUUUAUUUUUUUUAUUGCUGCUGCCUUGCAGUUUUGCAAGCCUUCUGAGCAAUGUUAUCAAGCAAGAUUAAAGUAUUAACGUUUCUUCCAUUAGUCCAGCCAUCCAUCUUUUUUUUAUUCCACUUUUUCGAGUUGUCGGGGAGGAGAAGCCUAUCUGUACACCCUGGACUGGUCGCCAGCUAAUCUCAGGACAUUGUGAUUUCCAACCACGUCAACGCCAGUCCUCCUCCUUGUACUGGCCGUGGUGGAACAUGCCCGCCGCCGUGGGCAAGUCGUUACGCGCGGCCACCGUGCUGUCCGUGGCGGUCCUGUCCUUCUUGGUGUGCUUGCUCCUCGGCAGCGUGCGCCAUCUCGGAAGCGGCCACGAGGAUCUGGAUGAGGAGCUGCUCUCUCUCCGCUCAGCGUUGAGCCACCAACUCGCGCAAAGACGCCAAGAAAUCCUUCCACUGCUUUCUCCCGGACACGAGAAGGAGCCUUUCUCCACCUGGGAUUCUAAUUUGUGGGGCGAGCUCACGCGUGGUUCCUCCGCCGCUGGAACUCCGCUGGGUUGCGGAGCUCUGCUGGACAUGCAACCGCUGGAGGUGCUCGGCUCUGGGUACACCAAGCUGGUAGUGAAAGUGACGCUGGCUGGAGGAGAGCCGGUGGCCCUCAAGAUGGUCAACGAGCACGGCAUCGACAUGGGCAAGUGCGUGGAGGGCUUCAAGGACCCCCACGGAUGCCGUCAGCUGGUCUCCUACAAGCUCAGCAAGGAAGUUGUCCUCCUGCACAGGUUGCGGCAUCCCAACAUCAUCAAGUUGCGUGGUCACUGCGCUGGAGACGCGGGAACCCAAAUGACCGCCAUCUUGGAGCAGGGGAACCCUCUCCAGAUGCUCCAGCUGCUCCAGAGCCCCUGGGAGGACCGCUUCAGGGUGUGUCUGGACUUAGCCCGCCUCCUCCACUUCUUGUCACGCUCGCCACUAGGCUCGGUGGCUCUGCUGGAUUUUCAGCCCCGCCAGUUCGUUAUGGUGUCGGGCGAGCUCAAGCUCACCGACCUGGACGAUGCCAGCGCGGCCGACACACCCUGCGGAUGCGACGCCGACUGCUCCCUGCAGUUCCCGCACCGGAAUUUUACCCUGACUUGUUCGGCUCGUGGCGUGUGUGAGGGCUUCAAUGAGAAGAUGAACAUUUACAAUGCCUACAGGUACUUUUUCACUUACCUGCUGCCUCACCAGGCCCCGCCCGGCCUCACACACCUGGUGCAGAACAUCAUGAACGUCACAGGUGAGCUGAAAGCCGACAUCAACGAGACGCUGGAUGCUUUCGAGAACAUCCUGGAUCUUUAUAAAUCUGGCCUGCACCUGGACAAGCUGCCUUCAUCCAUACUUCGAGAUUACAACGUGAUGCGAGGCAUGGCAACAUCAGGAAACACAGAGUACCACUGCUGGCCAUCCUACAGCCAACAAGGCUGCGUCUUGUCCAUCCACAGUGCCAGCGAGGCUGCACACAUUUGCAACUCGCAUUCGCAGUGCACAAGCUUCACUCUGACUGGACAGAAAACAUGGACAGGUCGCCCACUGGCCACUUUCAGGAGCAGCUUCAAACUUCUGGUGCCGGACGAAACCUCCGAGGUGUAUGUGAAGAAAAGCACAGCCGUGCUUGGAAGUCGAGCCGCAGCAUCAGCCCAAAAAGCCAGAGGACGAGGAAAGAAAACAAGCUCUUAUUCGAGUACAUGCUUAGGCUGAUGCGCUGAGGUGCCAACUGUUUUCUCAUGGCUCUGGGGCUUAACUGCACUGUGAUCUGAAUGGGACCUUUACAACGCCGCUUUUAACGUGUGUGUGUGUGUGUGUGUGUGUGUGUGUGUGUGUGUGUGUAUGUGGGGGGGUGAUGUCUGUUGGUUUAGCUAGUUUGCAUAAGGUAGCAUUUGAAGCUACAGCCAGGAGCUUGUUUUAGGUCUGUGUGGCGAAUAGUAUAAAGCGCAACAUCUAGUUAGUGUAUAAAGAUACGGCCAGGAAUGAAUUCGUGUGGAAAAUAAAGCUAAAUUUAACAAGAAGUUAGCAUAAUCUAUCAUCAUGAUGUCACAGCAAACGGCUAGUAAGAGGAAAGUAGCAUAUAAAAGUCAAUUGGUAAUUAAAGCUCCGUCUAGCGAAUAAAACGAAGGUAAAUAAAACUAACUAAACAACUAGUUAGCUUAAUGGAACAUUUAAAGCCAAAGUCAGAUAAUGAAGAUAAUGACAUUUUGGGGCCUGAAAUUACAAAUAUUCCAAAACUGUUUUCCAAGCAAUGGUGUGUUUUUUUGGCCUGGCAUGUAUAUUGCAAUUUUUUUUGGUCAUUUUUGCAGGUUCAUGCAAGUAGAGGCUAGUGGUAAUAUUUUUUAUUCACAUUUUUCAAAAACCCAUAAAUGCAGUAAUAUACAUGCCAAACCAGAAGUUGUCAAUUUAACUUUGUAAAGAAACACCAACUGCUCUUUCUUUAUUUCGAAAGCACCUUUUCAUGGUCUGUGUGAGAUCUGGAUGAAAGUAAUGCGACUAUGCUGAAUGUAGUUUGUUGCGUUAAAUGCCUCAAUAGCGCUUUGUGCUGACUUUUAUUAUAUUCAAUUUUAUAACAGUUUUUUGAGACACGCCUUUUAAAAAAAAUCUUAUUCUUUGAAAUGUUCAAGUGAAAGACAAGUUGCUGUAUACUACCACUUAAAUCGCUAUGAGCAUUUGCAGCAAAGAUUGUUUCAAAUCAUUCCAGUUCAUUUACAUCCUUUUGUAAACAACUUAAUUUAAUUUUUUUAUUGUGUCAUGAUGAUUGUUCUUACACAAUUGUGCUUGUAGAGUUUUAAGUGCACCUUGUGGGUGAAACCAUUAUUUUCAAUGGAAAAUGACUCACCUCUGUUUUUUAUAUACUGCACCAAAUGUAACUGCAGAGUCUUAUUUUAUAAAUUUGUACUGAUUCUGUC